AUGGACAAGAAGCACAAGGAGCUUCUCGCGGCUUGCGGCGAGGACAAGCCCAUCGAGGAGCUGGUCGCCCUCGUCAAGCGACAUAGGGCGCGAGGCGAUAAUUAUGACCUGAAAGAGAUCGUGGAGACAUUCCCUCGCAAGCACUACGAGCAACUGUGGUCGGCGCUACACGUCCACGUAUCUGCCAUUGUAGAAGGCUCUACGUUUACGAAGCCAGAGGCCAACGACGAGCAACAGCCACAACAAGCCAAGAAGUCAAACGCAAAGGCAAAGCCUGCCGCCAAGCGAGGCAGGGGUCGCCCCAAGAAGAACGAUGAAGAAGACGAAAUGGACGUAGACGACGAAGUGGAGGAGGUGGACGAUGAGGAAGAGGAGGAGGAAGAGGAAAAACCCAAGAAUCGAAGCAAGCGGGCGAAGAAGGGUAGCGAGGACAAGACCGCGGAGACGGCGCUCGAGUACUUGCGGGCCGUCGCCCUCCUGGCCAGCCUGUUCAUCGCCUCCAAGGACAGGAUCGCGCCCGACAGCCUCUUCGACAGCGUUGCCCUCCUUCACGGCAUACUGCUGGAUGUGUUGGCGAUCAAGGGUGCCGGCCACGCCCUGCUGCUGCACAACGAAAUCGCCCAGUUAUGCGAGACGUGGUGGAAGCAGGACCGUACGCAGAAGGAGGCGCUCGUCCCGCUGACCAUCUUCUACCUCGUCCUUCAGACCCUGGAGGAAGGAGCCAAGACAGCCACCAUCAAGCGGCUCUACGACUUCAGGAGCGCGCUUCUCCUGCUGGACUUUCAGGACGACAGCUCGACUCAGCUCAAGGGCCUGCUGCUGCGCUGCUUCAUUCACCCGAUGUUCCUGCGCGCGGCCGACGGCAAGAAGUUCCUCGUGUAUCUGUUCGGUCUCCACCCUCCGUACAUCGAUGCCAUACAUGACACCAUCAAGGGGCAGCUUCCCGCGUGUCCCAAGAGCCUGCUCGAAGCCUACGGCGAGGUCUACUUUAAGGCCUGGAAGGUGGCGCAGGGACCCUACCUGCUCAAGCUCGAGUACACUUGCCUCCAGGACUUGAUCUCCUGCGCCGUGCACGUGCAGAACGAGGCCGUGGUUUCGGGCCUGAGAAAGGUCCUUCGCCACAUCCACGAGCAGAAAAAGCAGAAAGGGGUGGACGAAAUGCUGCUUCGACUUUACGAGCCCAUUAUUUGGCGUUCGCUCAAAGUGGCCAAUCCCAUGGUGCGCCGCAAUGCGACGGUGCUGCUGGCCGAUGCGUUUCCGCUUCAGGAUCCGGACAGUGCACAGCGCGAGACAGACGAGCUGCUUCAAAAGCAGUUCAACCAAUUCGAAGCGUUGCUCACCGACGAUGUCCCGGUGGUCCGAUGCGUGGCAGUCCAGGCAGUGUGCAGAAUACUUGGAGUGUUCUGGGAACUGAUUCCUGCCGCCACCAUACGCACUCUGCUCACCAAACUCAUCAACGACUCGGCCCGAGACAAGAGUUCGAGCGCUGUGCGGCAGGCCGUGUUCGAGGGCCUUCGAUAUUUGCUGGACAACCACCUCAGUCAGCCGGUGCUCAAGACCCACCUGCCUCAGCUGGCGCCGCUCAUUCACGAUACUGCCGAGCGCGUGCGCGUCGCCUUCAUCGAUCUCCUGUGCGAAAUCAAAACGAUUCGCGCCAUUCGAUUCUACGACAUCGUGCCCAUCGAACACCUCCUCACCAGGCUUGAGCUAGAUUCUCUGACCGUACAGAAGAAGCUGACCAAGCUGUUGCUCAACUCAUACUUCCCGCUCGAUCGCAAGGGUUCUGUGCAGGCCAAGCGCUGUAUAAUUCUGGUGCAGGGCAACCGCAAGGCCGGCCUGCAUUUCUACGCGAGCCUGCGCCAGUGCGUCGCCGCGGGUCCGCUCUGCAAGUUCAUCGGCGUGCUCUACAAGCUGCUGUGCAAGUGUAUCGAGCGGGCGGCCAGCAGCGGCGCUGGCGCGAAGGACAAUGGCAAAGGCAAGGGCAAGAGAGCGAGGGACGAAGAGGAGAAGUCCGAAGAAAUCAGCGCCAAGGACUCGGACCUCAUGGAGUCGAUUCUCGAGGUCAUGUACACCCUCUGGGACUCGAUUCUGCCUGACCUCAAGAAGGAGGAAAACAAGGCCGCCAAGAAGUACCUGAAGGACACGUUCAACGACGAGGCGUUGGAGAAUCUCACGACCAACUUCACCACGCCCAAGGCCCAGUUGGCCAUUCUCCGCAUCGCGUCCAACCUGCCCAAGGCCAACCUCACUCGCUUCGCGACCACCAGUCUCGCCAAGCUCAAGCAGUUGAACGAGGGCGACGAGAACACAAACAAGUUCGAGCCCCUGCUGUCGUGUUUGUUCGCCUGGAAGUACGAGGCCGACGUGAUCAAGCUCAUCCGGGGCUGGCUCGUCAGUGGGCUCGCUCAAGAGGGUGGCGCGGCCGCCGCGCAGGCCAAAAAGAAGAAGGCCAAGGCCAACAAGAAGAAGACGCAGAACAAGAAGAAGGCCACGCGAGGCAGGAAGGCGCGCGACGACUCGGAAGACGAAGAUGGGGUCAGUGACGACGAGGACGACGCGAAGGAGUGCAAGCCGUUCGUGGCACUGCGGCUGCUGGGCUCGAUCAUGGAGCGCGAGCCGAUGCGGGAGAAGCUGUUCAAGCGCUACGACUUGGCCGUGGGCAUCAUGGCCGCGUUCGAGUCCUACCUCACCCUCAUCGAGAAGCGAUUCGACACCAACGACGACGACGACGAUGAGAACGGAGACGAGGAGCUGCCCGACGCGACCCUGUUCCGGGUGAUGGACUGCUUCACGCGGUUCCUCAUCCACGCCAUCGGCAGCAGCGAGCCCCAGUGGAAGGAGAAGGGCGAGGAGGUCCUCGAGCGCCUGCUCACGUGGACCAACGGCACCCUCCUCCCCGUGUUGCGCAACACCCCCGCAGACGAUUCCGAGGAGGCGCUCGCCGACGCCUUUGCCUUCAUCGAUCAGUUGGCCAAGCAUGUGGCAGUGGUUGCGACCGAGUUGGUGGCGUUUGGGCUCUGCGACAACGCCAACAUCCGCCGGGCGGUGGAGCUCACCAAGGGCCUCCUGUCCGUUUCCCGCCGAUCUUUCGUCGAAUCGCUGGCGAUCCCCAUAACGAGCCGCCUGCUCUACCAGCUCUACCACGAGGGCAGCAACGAGGAACUGGCGUCGAGCUUGUUCAUGUUCGUGCUGGAGGUGAUCCCCGCGGAGCUGCUCCCCAACCUGCGCCCGUUCAUCUCGGAGCUGUUCGCCCUGCACAACCACCGCGGCAGCCUCUCGCUCUUCCUCCACCCGCUGCUCGAGAAGCUCCUGCUCGAGUUCAUCGAGGUGCCCACGGCCUACCCGUGCAACCUGGCGCGAUCGGUCUCGCACCUCCCGGCCACGCCCGCGUUCGUCAUCUCCAACGUCAUGCGCUCCUCGCCCGCCGUGGCCUCGCUCGCCGAGCUCCUGGAGCAGAUGCUUUCCCAAGAUGGAGAGUCGUAUUUGCAGCUGUUGUGGCGUGCGCUGGAGGUGAUCUCGGUGAUGGUGGACAACGAGGACGCGGCGGGCGGGAAGGCGGGCGGCGGCAAGUCGGGCGGCAAGCAGGCCGAUCUCUCGCCGCUGCAGAACUGCCUCAUCAGCAUCGUCUCCAAGACGCGCCUCGGCGACAACGACGACGAAGACGAUAUUGACGUCGACGAAAACAGGCACGUCACACACCCUCUCAGCUCCACUGUGGAACUUUCGGCGGCGGUCAUCAGUAAGUUGGCGGACGGGUUGCUGAAACAGAGCAUGGGCGGUGGCGACCUCGGCCUCGACGACGACAACAUGGAAUCCCAGCCCUGA